AUGGGCAGCGGGAAAAAGAAGAAAGACCACACACCAUCAGUCGCAGCUUUAUUCCGCACAACAGGAGACAUGCAGAGGCCUACCAACUCGCAACACGCGGAGGAGGCAGGAUCCGACUCAGAGGGGCAUGAAUCCACACCUGACCCCAUGGCUCCCCUAAUGAUAGGGAUACUCUGCAGCAUGCUCGACGAAGUCACAGCCAAUAUUAAAUACCAUGUGGCCAAGGAGAUUAACAAGCAACUAUCAGGCCUCAAGACUGAAGUGGCAGCACUUUUUUCUAGAACAAACCAAGCAGAGAACAAACUCAACACUCACAGCACCCACCACAGCCCAUACCCAGGACAUACUUAUCCUUGA